CACCAGGAUACCCAGGGUUCUCUAUAUAAGAUAGGAACUUGACUUGCUCAUCCCAACCAUCAAACCACUCUCUCUUUUCUUCCUUAUCCUCAUUCAUUCAUUCCUUUUCCUUUACACUCUUUUCAUCUGCUUAUCAUGAAGUACACAACUCUUUUCGCCGCCGCCGCGGCUGUCUUCGCGAAUAGCGUCAACGCUGGUGUCGUUGGUGCCGCCCAGGGUUUUGCUAAGGGUGUGACCGGUGGUGGUAGCGCCGCUGAGGUCUACCCCAAGACCAAUGACGAGCUGGUCUCGUACUUGGGCGACAGCCAGCCCCGUGUCAUUGUUCUCGACAAGAUCUUCGACUUCACUGGAACUGAAGGCACCGAGACCACCAGCGGCUGCAGUCCGUGGGGUACAGGCAGUAAGUGCCAACAGGCCAUUAACAAGGACAACUGGUGCAACAACUACGAGCCCAACGCUCCCAAGGUCUCUUCCAUCACUUAUGACAAGGCCGGUGUCCUCGGUAUCACUGUCAACUCGAACAAGAGUCUUGUCGGCAAGGGCUCUGCUGGAGGUAUCAAAGGAAAGGGUAUCCGUAUGGUCAGCGGUGCCAAGAACAUCAUCAUCCAGAACAUCGCUAUCACUGAUAUCAACCCUAAGUACGUUUGGGGUGGUGAUGCUAUCACCCUUAACAACGCUGAUCUCGUCUGGAUUGAUCACGUUACCACUGCCCGCAUCGCUCGUCAGCACAUUGUCCUUGGUACCCAGGCCGAUAACCGCGUCACCAUCUCCUACAACCUGAUCGACGGCCGUUCCGACUACUCCGCGACUUGUAACGGUCACCAUUACUGGGGAAUCUAUCUGGAUGGUUCUAACGACAUGAUCACGAUGAUGGGCAACUACUUCUACUACUUGUCCGGUCGUAUGCCCAAGGUUCAGAGCAACACCCUCCUUCACGCCGUUAACAACCUCUUCCACAACAUUGAGGGCCACGCUUUCGAGAUUGGCCAGGGUGGCUAUGUCCUGGCUGAGGGUAACGUUUUCCAGAACGUCGACACCGUGGUUGAGUCUCCCUACCAGGGCGCCCUGUUCAGCUCCCCCGACGCCAACACCAACAAACUCUGCCAGUCCUACCUUGGCCGUUCUUGCCAGCUUAACGCUUUCGGAUCCUCCGGCUCCAUGAGCGGCUCCGACACCAGCAUCCUUAGCAAGUUCCAGGGCAAGAACAUCGCCCCUGCCAAGGCACCUACCAACAUUGCCGCCUGGACCAUGGCCAACGCCGGUGUUGGCCACGUCUAAGCAGCUGACUCUUUGCAACAACCCAUGGAGAAAAGGGGUAUCUUCUUGUGGCACAUGCCUUGUCGGGACAUGUACAAGUGAUGCCAGCAAUCUGGUACUCGUCACAUGGCCCGCUUCGCUUUCCGCCGAUGACUCGCCAAUCCCAUGUAUAAAGUGCUCUGUGUACCUUCUUUCUACUCUCCUUCGACGCUGGGCUAGAUCCGGCACUCUUUCUUACUAUUACUUUAUUCGCAGCUUGCUGUACAAUCGAAAAAUCCUUCGAAGUUCAA